GAAAAUAAGUUGGACAUUUUUUUAACAUUUAAAAAGCUAUUAAUGUAUUAAUUUUAGUUGCAGUAUUAAAACAACAUUAGGUCAAUGUGAUAAAAGUAUACACUUUUUUUGUUUUUGGCACAAAACAGGGGAAGAGCUUAAUUGGUACAACUUGGCCCUUCCCCAGUUUCUCAGCCUCAUACAAACAAGUUUUAUAUUAUUCUGACAUUUUGACCUGAUAUUGUAUGAAAACUGAAGAUUCUAACCAAAGACUUUCUUGUGCCAGAAAUUAAAACAAAAAUGAGUUUACCAAAGGAUUGUGCAGAGUUUUUGACAAAGAAUAACUUGUCCCAUCAUGAGGAAUUCUUCUUCAACUUGGGAGUAGCAGGUUUUGAUGACUUUUUUGCUAUAGAAAGCUUAGAUGUAAAAAAAAUUCUCAAGCCCUUAGAAGAAAGAAGACUAUUUAAGGCUUUAAGUGGAUUUAAAUCAGAAAUUAACAAGAAACAGAAAAACAGGCAUCAACUUCCAGACUUUGAAGAUUGUGAAAGAGCUGAUGUAAAAGAAGAAGAAUGUUAUGAACAAGAGAUUGGAGCUGAAGGAGGAUCUGAAAUUCUACAAGAUAAUUUGGAAGAAUGCAUAGCAACACCUAUUCCAUCAACAUCAAAUACGAUGAAAGAGCAGUCAAGUGAACAUCAGGAAUUUGAAAUAAAGAACCAUGGUUUGCAAAUGCCUAUUAUGUUUGGCAAAAAAAACACAUAUGGAAAUGCAGUAGAAAAGGGGAUUAAGUUGUGGACAGACUUCCAGAUAAAAACAGCUAUUGGUUUGGAGAAAAAAAGGAGGGAAUUUUUCAACAUGAAGGCUGAAGAACUGUGCUCAGUUAAGCACAUAAGGCAUAACUGGACAAAGACAGAGAUAGCAGGUGCUGCCGACACAGCUUGGACUUUAAAAAAAACAGCUCUGUUAAAGGUAGAGAACAAUUAUAUCAGUACUCUGCUAGAAGGAAAGAAGGCCCCCAAGCAAAAGGAGUCUACCAUAAGAAAGAACCUAGAGGAAAUGAUGACAAAUCAUAUAAAACUUGAAAGCUUAGACAAGGAAGUGAAGGCAUGUGCAGAAGGAGGUGAUUUCGAUAAAGAAAAGGAAGUAGAGGAAGAGAUGAGGCAAAUCAUGCGGAAGCUUAAAAAUGCCCAAGAAGCUUUAAGAAAAGCCCUACAGGAGAGACUAUGCCAGUUAGGGGAAGAGAAAUCAAAAAUUAACAAAGAUUUCGAACAGAUGCCCUUAUCUGUUGAGAUACAAGACUUUCUGAAAGAACUUCCAGAAGAAGGCAAUGACUCGGAUUUAGAGUUUGAGCCCUUGUGUAAAAAAAAUAAAGAUGAAUGA